AUGACCGAUCAAGUUACCGGAGCUAUCAAACACGCAGUCAUGGGACACCGAAACGACAAGAUCGAUCAGCUCAAGGCCAACAUUGUUGAGCCCAGCGAGAACACUCGAAUCACUUCGGACUAUGGUGUGAAGCAGAACAACACUGAUCACUGGCUGCGUGUGAACAGCGAGGAUCAGACGGGAGCCAGUCUUCUCGAGGACGCUUUUGGACGUGAGAAGAUCCAUCGUUUCGAUCACGAACGUAUUCCUGAGCGCGUUGUUCACGCCCGCGGUGCUGGUGCUCACGGCACUUUCAAGCUCUUCGAAUCCGCGGAAGAUGUCACCAAAGCCGGCAUUUUUACCGACACCUCCAGAGAGACACCCGUCUUUGUUCGAUUCUCAACUGUUUUGGGAAGUCGCGGCUCCGCCGACACCGUUCGCGAUGUUCGCGGAUUUGCGGUGAAAUUCUACACACAGGAAGGCACGUUCGACAUAGUCGGGAACAAUAUACCUGUUUUCUUUAUCCAGGAUGCCAUGAAGUUUCCGGAUAUGGUCCAUGCAGGAAAGCCAGAGCCGCAUAACGAAGUUCCCCAAGCACAGUCCGCGCACAACAACUUCUGGGAUUUCGUCUGGGGACACUCAGAGGCGACUCACAUGUACAUGUGGGCUAUGUCUGACCGCACGAUUCCUCGAUCUUACCGCAUGAUGCAAGGUUUUGGCGUCAACACUUACACUCUGAUCAACGAUAAGGGCGAGCGACGAUUCGUAAAGUUCCACUUCACCCCUGAGCUCGGAGUCCACUCUCUAGUUUGGGACGAAGCUCUUAAGCUUGCUGGCCAGGACCCGGACUUCCACCGCAAGGAUCUUAACGAAGCAAUCGAAAACGGCGCGUACCCGAAGUGGAAGUUCGGUAUUCAGGUGUUGGAGGAGUCUCAAGAGCAUGAUUUCGACUUCGAUAUCCUUGACGCUACAAAGGUCUGGCCGGAAGACCAGAUUCCUGUCCGCUACAUCGGUGAACUCGAGCUCAACCGAGUUGUUGAUGAGUACUUCACCGAGACUGAGCAGGUCGCUUUCUGCACUAGCCAUCUUGUCCCUGGCGUUGGCCCAUCGGACGAUCCUCUUCUCCAGGGUCGGAACUUCUCUUACCAAGAUACCCAGCUCAGCCGUUUGGGUAUUAACUGGGAGGAACUACCUAUCAACAAACCAGUUUGCCCGGUCAUGAACUUCAAUCGAGACGGUGCCAUGCGACACACUAUUUCCAAGGGUAAGGUCAACUACUGGCCUAACCGAUACGGCCACCAGCCUGCUGCUACUGUCCAGGAGGGUGCCUACGUUGACUACCAGCAAAAGAUUGCCGGUAUCAAGCAGCGCGCUCUUAGCAAGAAGUUCAAGGAUCAUUUCUCUCAAGCCCAGCUCUUCUACAACUCUCUUUCCGAGAUCGAGAAAGCUCACGUCCAGGCGGCCUUCUCCUUCGAGUUGGACCACUGCGAUGAAGCUAUCGUCUACGAGCGCCUGACUGAACGUCUUGGUGUAGUUGACGGGGAGCUUGCCAACACUAUUGCAGAGAUGGUCGGCGGCAAGAAGCCUAUUGAUGCUAAGCCCAACCCUGGAAAGAAGGCCAAGAACUUGAGUCAACUCGAUUUCCUCCCAGAGACUCCCACUAUCAAGUCUCGUCGCAUCGCUAUCAUUAUCGCUGACGGCUACGACCCAAUUGCCUUCAACGCCGUGUAUGGCGCAAUCAAGGCUCAAAGCGCCCUUCCCUUCGUUAUCGGACCUCGACGCUCCGCCAUCUUUUCCGCUAACGAGGAUUCAUCCUCCUCCAAGGGUAUUGUCCCUGACCACCACCUCGAGGGCCAGCGGAGCACCAUGUUUGACGCUAUUUUUGUUCCUGGCGGUGAGAAGUCUAUCCAGACCCUUUCCAAGAAUGGCCGAGCUCUUCACUACAUCCGCGAGGCCUUCGGUCACUUGAAGGCGAUUGGUGGUACUGGUGAGGCCGUUGGCCUGAUAAACAAGGCCAUUCAGCUUCCUGAGGUCUUCCUCUCCGAGACCGAUGGCAGCGGCGUUGUCGACAGCUAUGGUGUGGUGACGCUGAAGAAUGCUUCGCCAGACAGCCUUAAAGAGAUUGUCACCGUUGCUUCUGAUGCCAAGGGCUUCCUGGAGAAGUUCGUGUUGAACAUCAGCCAGCACCGUAACUGGCAGCGAGAGCUGGAUGGAUUGAGCACCAUGGUGGCGUACUAA